CCAGAGCCACAGACUCACAUCGACACUUGCUGAUAGAGCAAGGCCAUAGGAAUAAAAUUGGAAAGAAAAAGAAGAAGAAGAUAACCACAUGAAAAGUAUUGUUUUCUGAUUUUCUAAAUGUCUUUUCAUUUGGACAAAUUUGGACCAUCAUGUCUCGUCUAAUAGUGAAGAAUCUACCAAAAAAGAUAAAUGAGAAGUCUUUGCAAGAUCUAUUUGGGGAAAAAGGAACUGUUACAGACGUACAACUGAAGUAUACUCCAGAUGGCAAAUUUCGUAAAUUUGCCUUCAUAGGGUAUCAAAAUGAGAAUGAAGCUGAAGAGGCAAUCAAAUCUUUGAAUAACACAUUUAUAAAUACCAGUAAAAUCUCAGUGCAGAAAUGUAGUUCCUUAGGCGAUGAAAAUAAGCCCAAGGCUUGGAGUAAAUAUGCUACAGAUAGUACAGCAUACAAAAACUUGAACUCUGAAGUGAAAACAGACACAAUUACAGAGAAAACUAAGAAACCUAAAAAGAAGGAGAAAAUAGAUGAGACAGCAGUACUUCUAGAAAAGUACAAAGAUGAUCCACUGUUUGAAGAAUUUCUUCAAGUUCAUGCCCCAAAGGAGGCAAAGAAACUGCAAGAACUAAAUACUGAUGAAAAAACUGAAGACCAUCCAGAUGACAAUGCUGAUAGUGAUGGCCCAGCAGAAGACAUUGCACAAAAUGAUGAUGAACAACCUGACAUUGAAAAAUUAGCCAAUGAGCAGAUAUCAGAUAUGGAAUACAUGAAACUUUUGAUGAAAGGUGCAGCUGAGAGGAAGCCAAGACAAAAAAUGGAGAAGAAAGUGAAAGAAAAAAUUCAGUUAUUUACUGUGAAGCUGAGGGAUCUUCCUUAUAAUAUAAAAAAGAAGGAUAUCAAGGAUUUUUUUAAACCAUGUAAAUGUUAUAGUAUUCGUAUACCAAGAAAUAUACAUGGUAUAGCAUAUGCUGGAUUCAAAACAGAAAAAAUAUUCAAAAAAGCACUAAUCAAGAACAGAAGUUUUAUCAAAGGAAAAAGGAUAUUAGUGAUGGAGUAUAUAAAUGAGAGUAAUUCUCAAGAUGAGAAAAAUAACAACCAGAAAAAUAGUACCCCAAAAAAUGAAAAGUGGAAGAGUCAAGAAGAAAACCUCAAAAAUGAAGAAGACAUUGCAGAAUCUGGCAGGAUAUUUUUGAGAAACUUAGCUUACUCAGCAUCUGAAACAGAUAUUGAAAAUCUAUUCUCCAAAUAUGGUCCACUUACGGAAGUUAAUUUACCAGUUGACAGCACAACUAAAAAAAUGAAGGGAUUUGGCACAGUCACAUUUUUGAUGCCGGAACAUGCUGUUAAAGCUUAUGCAGAACUAGAUGGGUCUGUUCUGCAAGGAAGAAUGCUUCAUAUUCUUCCAGGAAAAAGUAAAGACACCACCGAAGAUCAGUUGGAAGAAUCCACGGAUUUCAAAAAGAAAAAAUCGGCCAAACAAAAAGCAAAGGCCGGCUCAUCCUACAACUGGAAUUCACUGUUUCUUGGACAUGACGCUGUUGCCGAGGUCAUAGCAGACACUUAUGGAACAAGUAAGGAAGCAGUCAUAGGUCCAGAAGGCAAAGGCAGUGCUGCUGUGAGGCUUGCCCUGGGUGAAACGCAAAUUGUCGCCCAGACCCGAAAGCACCUUGAGGAAGAAGGUGUUAUAUUGGACUCAUUCAAUAGUGUUUCUGUGAAAAGGUCAAAAACUAUUAUACUAGUGAAAAAUUUGCCCUCACGAACAGAACCCAAAGUCAUAAGAGAAUUAUUCGAGAAACAUGGCGAAGUAGGCCGGGUUAUUUUACCCCCUAGUGGUAUAACUGCCAUUGUUGAAUUUUUGGAACCGUCUGAAGCCAGAAAAGCGUUCACUAGACUGGCGUACUCUAAAUUCAAAAACGUCCCUUUGUAUCUUGAAUGGGCGCCAGAGAAUAGCUUGAAAGAUAUGCCUAGGGUGGAGACAGAAAAAACCCUGAAAACAAAUUUCGAGACAAAUCCAUCCCAAGAAACAGGCGUUGAAGUUGAAAAUGAUGCUGGCGAUAACGAUGAUUGUGAUGAAGAACCAGAAGAUGAUAGCACACUCUUCGUGAAAAAUCUAAAUUUCAAAACUACAGACGAGGACCUCAAAAAACAUUUCAUCGGAUGCGGAAAAAUAUUUUAUGCGAACGUGGCCACCAAGAAGGACAAAAAUGAUCCCAAAAAUAAAUUGUCAAUGGGUUAUGGUUUUGUUAGAUUCAUGCUGAAAUCUGCUGCCGAUAAGGCACUGAAAACGUUGCAGCAAAGUGUUUUGGAUGGCAAGUCUUUGGAGCUAAAAAGAUCGGAAAGAACGUUAAAGAAUGAAGUUCACACUGAGAAAAAGGUCUCCAAGAAAAAUAAACAGACAGGCACUAAAAUAUUGGUGAGGAAUAUACCGUUUCAAGCAACUAAGAAAGAGAUUCAGGAACUUUUCAGCACUUUUGGCGAAAUAAAGGCUCUAAGACUUCCAAAGAAGAUGACCACAGGUGCAGAGUCCCAUCGUGGAUUUGCGUUUGUUGAUUACACUACAGCAUCAGAUGCCAAGACAGCUUUUGAAGCUCUGUCUCAAAGUACUCAUCUUUUUGGACGUCGUUUGGUUUUGGAAUGGGCAGCAAGUGAAGAAGGUAUUGAGGAUAUGAGGAAAAGAACUGCAGAUCAUUUUAAGCAGAACGAUGAAGUGAAACAAUCAAAGAAGAGCAUUUUCAGCAUGGAAUGAAAAACAUUACAUAAUCUAUGGUUAUAUGUAUGUGGAUUUGUAAAUAUUUUUAUUGAAUAAGAUGCUAAACAAAAACAAAAAGAUUUUUUAUUGAUGUAACAGUAUUUUUACAUAUCUAUAACUUCUCCCUCCAAAUACAUAAAGGAAACUAACUAAAGAGACUAACAAAUGUUCAAGCUUCACUUUUUCAACAAAGCUUCAUCCUGCAUGGACAACUGUCCCAGUUUCUUGCCUAUCCGUUCAUGUAUAUCUAGAAACUUGGCAACACAUCUAUCAAUACACACUGCUUCUCCUUUGGCAAUUUCAGGAUCACCAUACACAGGGGGUAUGCAUUUUUUGUGACAAGCAGCUGUUAGCCUGUUGUACAUAUCAGCCAUCAUUUCAAUCUCCAACUCCUGGAUCAUCUGCAUAUUUUGUACUUCUUUUUGGGACAUGUUAGGAUGAUUUGGUUUGAACUAAAUAUGAACUAUAGGUAGGUACCUACUCAACUCUGGGAAGAGGUAGUGGAGAAUUUUCUGUAACUAGGUUCGUAUUCUCCAAGAUUUGCUUGUCUCAUGUGUUCCCGAAUUUUCAUAUUAUCAUACCGCCUUUUGUCUAUACUAGUCUUGGCUAAGUAAAACGAAUAUAUCCCAGCAACAGUAACCAUCACCAACCGAUUCCUACUUUCGCAUGCGUACCCAAGGACAUUAUUCAGUCAUUUUCAUGGAUAUUUAUUAGAUGAAAAUAAUAAUAAUCGAUCGUUCAGCACCUCCACCAUGCGUAUUUUCAGUAUUUUGAUUUUGAA